GUCAAUUCGAGGAACGCUUGGAAGGACCUUCUCCCGUCCCUGAAGAUACCGGCGACUUGCGUGAAUGGCAGUGUGGCCCUCAAGCAGAUAUAUUUGAGGUACCUGGACCGGUGGGAGAAGGUGCACUACCUCCACGAGGAGGCCGACCGCGGCAGCGACGACGACGAGGAGAGCAGGCACAAGCGCUGGUCCGCUAGGGCCCUGCACUCGGUGCCCUACACCUACAACUACAACCAGCACAAUAUCGUCG